AUGGUACACAAACUGCCAGACUUGAAGUGAAGUGUCUUUUAUGGAAAGUUUUUAUAACGAAAACAUUUUAUAAUCGUAUCAAAAAUAUAAUCUGCAUAUAUUUUGCUGUACAGUGGUUCUUCUCAAAAUGAAUGCUGAUAUCGAUCCCAAUUUAACUGCAAGUUCUGACUUUGUAAAGAAACUGAACAGUGCAUUUGUGACAGAUGACCAGGAAAUGAUAGAAGAACUUCUCAGAGAGCUGGUGGGGAUGAACCCCAAUGCCAUUAUCGAGCUCUCCAACGAUGACUGGAUGAAAGACCCUUCUGUUCAUCUUCCACCUGCCGUCCUGUUAGGACUGCAUCCACUGCAAUACAAGCAGGAGCUGACCACCCCGCUGCGAAUUGCAGCAGCCUAUGGCUUCACGCACUGCCUACAGUACCUCCUUGAACAUGGGGCACAACCCAACCUCAUUGUGGGGGGCAAGAGCGCUCUGCAUGAGGCCUGUGAGAACAGCAGCAGCGAAUGCACAGAAUUUCUCCUGAAAGGAGGUGCUGACCCUGACCUGCGGACUGAAGAAGGACUCUCAGCGAUGCAUCUCUGCAAGACACCAAAGUCACUGCACAGCUGUGCUAAGGUGUUACUUGAGCAUGGUGCUGCGGCCGAUUUGCCCAGUGAGGAGGAUGAAGAGACUGCACUGCAUGUGGCCUCUCGCUCUGCUCUGCUCCAUCACGCCAAGCUCUACCUACAAAGCGGAGCAGAUGUAAACCACACCAGCGUCCAUGGGGAGACCCCCCUUGGAGUGGCUUGUGCAUCGUCACAAGAUCCAGAGGAGCUCCUGCAGAUCUGCUGCUUGUUACUGAGUUAUGGUGCUGAUGUCAACCUGGCAGACAAGCAGCACCGUACCCCACUUCACAAGGCAGCUCACAACAUCCAGCACAGCCUCGUGACACUGCUACUUGAACAUAAAGCUGAAGUGAACUCGUUUGACCACAAUGGCCGACUGCCACUGUCCUGUGUAUUGCACAGUGCUGCCGUCAGGGCUGAACAGGAGCCACAUCGAGUGGUACAGAUACUGCUUAACCACGGCUCCAUCACGUUGUGGCCUCAGGCACUACCAAAGGUCCUGAGUAUGUGUGCUGCAGAACCAAAGACUGUUGAAGUCCUGUUCAAUUCCUAUACCCAUAUCCCAGUCACAUGUAAAUGGGAGAAGACUAUUCAAGCAGAAACGCUCCAGAUACAUCAACAAUUCUACCAGUCACUGUUUGCACUGGGAUGCAGGCCUCGCUGCUUGCAGCACCUGUGCCGUGCUGCUAUCCGACAACACUUUGGGAAGGACUGUCACAGGCUUAUUCCACAGCUGCUCAUUCCAAAAGGCCUGCAGCUCUACCUCUUACUGGAGCCUGUGGGGAUCUUCCAUUAGCAAGAACCCCAUAAAAUGCUUUUGCAUCUACAGCAUCUGAAGUGUAGUUAAAGUUCAGUAAAAAAAAUAUAUAUAAUAUGUACAUUAAAAGCCAUGGAAAUAUUCAUAUAUAUUAAUCAGUAAUUAUUUGAUAAAUGUACUGUUUGCAUUAUUUUAAAUCCUUGCUUUUGUUUUAUAUGAGUGUGUGCAUGGUGUGUGAGUGUGCCCUGCGAUGGUCUGGUCCCCCAUCCUGGGUUGUUCCCUGCCUUGUGCCCAUUGCUUCUGGGAAAAGCUCCGGACUCCCCGCGACCCAGUAGGAUAAGCUGUUUGGAAAUUGGAUGGAUGGAAGUUUUAUAUGAUAUGUAGUCACGUGUGUCAAAUAUUGCAUAUUUAGUGAAUAAAAAAGUGUAAAACAAAAAAGGACAGUCUGGGUAAUUUUUAUUUUGUUAUCCUGGUAGCAAUAUGCUGGCAUAGCAAAUACUGAUGCUCAGGGUUCCCAUUCUUUUUAAGGAAUCAUUUUCCAGGGCAUCUCUAGGAGCUUUUUCUGGAAAUUCAUGACAGGAUCUGGUCAUACAGUCAUACAAUUAAUUUUUCCUUGAUUAUGCAGGGACUUAGUGCUAAAGUACAUAAAGGCAGGACCAAUUAAUGCACUGAUGUAUAGUGGAGUUGUUUAACCUCUUUUUGAUAUACACUAUUUUAAACUGCUAAACUCUUUUAAAGUAA